UGUACAACGGGGGAGACGUUUUUCUUCAGUGACAAUUUAGGCUUGUAAUAUCUACACAUUAUUUAAUUUUUUGCCUCAAUAUUAAAUUUUUAUAGUCAUAAUUGUACUCGUUUCAUAUAAUAGCAUUUAAGUUGAAAACAUAGUGGCUAUUACUUGACAAAUUCAGAUUGACCUAAUGGUUUCUUCCGACAGUACCAUCACAGAUGCAGCUUUGGGCGUUUUCUAGAUUUCGUAAAAUGCAUUUACCCAUUUUCCAUAUUUUUUGGCAUUAUGUCUUUUCUUUAUAUGUAUUAUUCUAUACAAAUGCUGAGACAGCAACUGUGUUCACUUCAAGGUGAUAUAUUAAAAAAAAAGCCUACAAAAAACACCCCCACUUGCACGAUGGUAUAAUCCAUCAUGGGCACCUUCACUGACGAUGGUCUGUAAAUUACCCCGCUGUUCAUCAUUUUGCGUCAGUUACAUCAGACUAACGGCUCCCUGCCAACAAUCAACAUCAUGAGCGAGCUGAAGGACUGUUCCCCGCUGAAAUACUACGACUUCAAGCCCGUGGAUCAUGUCAGGUUGUGUCCCCGUUACACCGCCGUGCUGGGCCGCUCAGAGGACGAUGGCAUCGGCAGCGGGGAGCUUGAUACUCUGCAGCUGGAGCUGGAGACGCUCCUGUCUUCAGCCAGCCGCCGCCUGCGAGCCCUGGAGGAGCAGAGACAGAUCCUCACAGAUUGGCAAGACAAAAAGGGAGACAAGCGCUUCCUUAAAAUGGGAAAAGACCCUGAUCCUGCAGCCACAUCCCGCCACAAGCCCAAGAAACAAAAACUGGAUGGGAAAGGAGCACAUGGACAAGGACCUGGUCCCGGAAGGCCCAAAUCCAAAAACCUGCAGCCGAAAGUUCAAGAGUAUGAAUUUACAGAUGAACCACAAGAUAUCCCGUGCACCCCCAAAAAUGAUGCUCCCAACAGAUUCUGGGCUUCAGUUGAACCGUAUUGUGCAGAUAUUACCAAUGAAGAAAUACGACUGCUUGAAGAGCUUCUUAAGCCCUUAGAGGACGAGGCUGAGUAUUUCAAAAUUCCAGCGCUGGGGAAACACUACUCCCAGAGGUGGGCUCAAGAGGAUCUGUUGGAGGAACAGAGGGAAGGCGCACGAGCCAAUGACAAGAAGAAAGGCAUCAUGGGAGGUCCACUGUCAGAGCUGGAUGCAAAAGAUGUAGAUUCUCUGCUGAAAAAGUCGGAAUCUCAGCACGAAUCACAAGAAGAUGGCUGUCCCUUUGGUCCUCUCACUCAGCGUCUCCUCCAGGCUCUCGUAGAGGAGAACAUUAUAUCCCCCAUGGAGGAUUCUCCUAUUCCUGACAUUUCUGGAAAGGAUGUCACUGAUGGUGCUGGGACGUCUCCUCGAAGUCAAGGAAAGGCUUUCAGUGUUCCUCACACCCGCUCCUUGGAGGCACGGAUCAAAGAAGAGCUCAUAGCCCAGGGACUGCUGGAUCUGGACGAGCGACCUGGACAAGGAGGAGACUCUGAGGAUGAAAUCCUGGCAGAGCUGCAAAAGAGACAAGCGGAGCUGAAAGCCUUAAGUGCCCACAACAGAGCCAGGAAGCAGGAGCUGCUCCGGCUGGCAAAGGAGGAAAUGCGCAAACAGGAGUUGAGGCAGAGAGUGAGGGUGGCAGACAAUGAGGUGAUGGAGGGAUUUCGGAGGAUCAUGGCCGCCAGGCAGAAGAAACGCACUCCAACAAAGAAGGAGAAAGAUCAGGCCUGGAAAGCACUAAAGGAGAGAGAAAGCAUCCUGAAGCUAUUAGACAGCUAGACGAUGCACAUUAAUGUGACUUUUUUUUUUUUUAAAUCCAGAAAGAAAAGAAGAAUACGUCUUCACACAUUCACACAACACUCAUUCUACAGUCCAGGUAGAGAUCUUGUAACUGUUUUAACUGCAUGCGGAUGAAACCCAUUUGUGUAGAAAGUGUUUUUUAUACUUAUUGGAUUUUGUUCAAUAUGUAAAUGUGUAUGUUUUCCUUUUUUUUCUUUUUAUAAUCAUUGUAAUUUCAUCACGACAAUAAACAUCCAUUGGAGUUCA